UCUAUAAUUCAAUAUGUCUACCUUCAUGUACAUUUCCGUUUUUUUUGUAGACUGAAAAAAGAAUAGUUUUGAAUCGUAUACUCACAUGGUGCAAUUAUAAUUACGAAAUAUUGCACAAUUUUUUAGUUUCAGCUGAUACACGUGUGUCUAAUAAAAGCAAUCACUUUGUUGUAAUGAAAAAAAAGCAAUAAUGGCUUCAACAAUUAUCGAAGGACAAUUUAGUGAUCCAGAGGAUGAAAGUCAAUCAAGAUUAAUUAAUCAUAGUGGUACGCCUCUUCAUAUAUCAAGUGUUAUUUCAAAAACACAAGAUUUAACAUUAGAAGUAGAAAAUAAUGAUGAAGAUGAUGAAGAGGAAUCAUAUGAUAGAAAUGAUGAAUGGGAAAGAGUAGAACAAAGUAAUUCUAAAGUAAUAAGUCAACUUAAAUCUUCAAUAGCUAAGAAUACUCAAGCUGUUUCCAAUAAAAUUACAAAGUAUCAACCUCCAGAUAAAUUUUUUCGUAAAUUUGCUAAUCGAAUCAAUGUAGAGAAAUAUGAAGGUCCUUCAUUACCGCAUGGAGCAUCAAAUGUCCUAAUUGAAACCAACAAAAGAAUAGAUAAUCAAAGAUUCAAAACAAAAGAUAAACAUGAUAGAGCAACUGUCGAACAAGUCUUGGAUCCGAAGACUAGAAUGAUUCUUUUCAAGUUACUAAGUCGAGGUAUUAUUUUUGAAAUAAAUGGAUGUAUAUCAACGGGUAAAGAAGCAAAUGUUUAUCAUGCAAUAUCUAAAACUGGUAUAGAGUUUGCUAUAAAAAUUUAUAAAACAUCGAUUCUUCAAUUCAAGGAUCGUGAUAAAUAUGUUACUGGAGAGUUUAGAUUUCGGCAUGGUUAUUGCCGGCAUAAUCCACGAAAAAUGGUACGAACAUGGGCAGAAAAAGAACAAAGAAAUCUGAAACGCUUGUAUGAUAGUAAUGUCACUGCUCCAAAAGAAAUUCUUCUUCGUAGUCAUGUACUUUUAAUGAGCUUCAUUGGAACAAAUGGUUGGCCUGCUCCAAAACUUAAAGAUGCUGUUUUAACAUCUUCAGCACCAAGAAAACUGUACAGAGAAUGUGUAGAAAUAAUGUGGAGGAUUUAUAAUAAAGCACGACUCAUUCAUGCUGACUUGAGUGAAUACAAUUUAUUAUAUCAUAAUGAUUCGAUAGUUGUUAUUGAUGUCUCUCAAGCUGUAGAGCACGACCAUCCCAUGGCUUUAGAAUUUCUAAGAAAAGAUUGCACAAAUAUUACAGAAUUUUUCAGAAAACAUCAAGUUGCUGUAAUGUCUGUAAAAGAACUUUUCAAUUUCAUAACUGAUCCAACGGUGACAGAAGAAAAUAUGGAUGCUUAUUUAGAUGCUGUAUCUGAGAGAGCAGCUUCAGGUUUAGAAAAUUUUGGACCUGAUGACGAAGUAGCAGAGCAAGUUUUUAAACAAGCAUACAUACCGCAAAAUCUUAAUCAAGUAGUGGAUGUAGAACGGGAUAUUGAUCUUGUGAAAGCUGGAAAUGAUUUAAUUUAUAAAACUUUAGUUGGAUUAAGAGCUGACCUUAAACCAGCUCAAACUCCAGAAAUAUUAGACAAUAAAUCAGAUGGUUUAAAAGAUGAUAAAGAGGAAGAAUCUACCGAAGAUGAGAGUUCUGAUGAAGAAAGUAAAUUUGUAAACUCUGUAAGACCGAAAAAUGAAACUCCCGAAGACAAAAAGGCACGAAAAAAAGCAGUGAAAGAACAGCAAGCAGAAAAAAGGAAAAAUAAAAUUAAAAAGCAUUUAAAAAAACGAAAAGAAAAAAUUGCAAAAAAGAAAUGAGCCUUUAAAUAGUAAAAUAAAAUAACGAAUGUAUCGCUAAAGUUAACAUACAUGAAUUUAAUUUGUUAAGCUCAUUUGUUCAUUUAUAUGUAUAUAAUAAAAGUAAAUCCUCCUUCUCAGUUUA